AUGUCCCUCCUCCGCAGAACCUUCUGCCCUCUUCCUCUUCUCUUCCACACCCUCUAUUCUCUUAAACCCUCUUUCCUCCCUAAACCCCUAAACCCCAAAAAACCCGCCUCCUUUCCCUCCGCCUCAUUUUCCGCCUCCCCAACUCCAACUCCUCCUCAAACCCUCACUCCCAUCCCCAACCCCCCAUCUCCUCCCCUCCUGUGGGUCCCCCGCACCGUCCUCUGCGGAGAACUCUCCGCCGAUGACGUCGGCAAGCGCGUCACCCUCUGCGGCUGGGUCGCCCUCCACCGCGUCCACGGCGGCCUCACUUUCCUCAACCUCAGGGACCACUCCGGCUCCGUCCAGGUCACCACUCUCCCCGACUCUUUCCCCGAGGCGCAUUCCGCCGUCAACGACCUCAGGCUCGAGUACGUCGUCGCCGUUGAAGGCCGAGUCCGGUCUAGGCCCGCCGACUCCGUCAAUCAGAAAAUGAAAACCGGCGAAAUUGAGAUUGCGGCGGAGAAUGUUCAAGUGUUGAAUGCAGUGAGGGCAAAGCUGCCGUUUUUAGUUACUACUGCGGAGGAUGCAAAGGAUUUGAUGAAGGAGGAGAUACGGUUGAGGUACCGGUGUCUUGACUUGCGCCGGCCGCAAAUGCAAUCCAACAUAAUGCUGCGGCAUAAGGUGGUGAAACUGAUGAGAAGGUAUCUGGAGGAUGUACAUGAUUUUGUGGAGAUUGAGACUCCAAUACUCUCUAGAUCGACACCCGAAGGAGCCCGAGAUUAUUUAGUUCCAUCGAGAGUUCAGCCAGGAACAUUUUAUGCUUUGCCUCAAAGUCCGCAACUGUUCAAGCAAAUGUUGAUGGUUUCUGGUUUUGAUAAGUAUUAUCAGAUAGCAAGAUGUUUUCGGGAUGAAGAUUUAAGAGCUGAUAGGCAGCCCGAGUUUACACAGCUUGAUAUGGAGCUUGCUUUUACUCCCUUAGAGGACAUGCUGAAGCUUAACGAAGAUUUGAUUAGAAAGGUUUUUUUAGAGAUCAAAGGUGUAGAUCUCCCAAACCCUUUUCCUAGGCUUACAUAUGCUGAAGCAAUUAGUCGUUAUGGUUCGGACAGGCCAGAUAUUAGAUUUGAUCUUGAGUUGAAAGAUGUAUCUGAUAUUUUCUCAGAUUCCACAUUCAGGGUUUUUGCUGAUACUUUGGGAAGUGGAGGAAUCAUAAAAGUUUUAUGUGUACCUUCUGGUGCUAAAAGAUAUUCAAACACAGCUCUAAAGAAGGGAGAUAUUUAUAAUCAAGCAAUCAAGUCUGGAGCGAAGGGCUUGCCUUUCCUGAAGGUCUUAGAUGAUGGUGGAAUUGAGGGAAUUCCUGCAUUAACAUCUAGUUUGGAUCAAACAAAGAUAGAGCAAUUUCUGAGUCGUUGCUCUGCCAAGCCAGGGGAUCUGAUCUUGUUUGCAGUUGGUCAUCAGACAUCAGUUAAUAAAACCCUAGAUCGAUUACGGGUCUUUGUUGCACACGAGCUUGAUUUGAUUGAUGAUUCCAGGCAUUCAAUUCUGUGGGUGACUGAUUUCCCAAUGUUUGAAUGGAAUGACUUAGAGCAAAGGUUUGAGGCCUUGCACCACCCCUUCACUGCCCCAAAUCCUGAAGACAUAAAUGAUCUUUCUUCUGCUCGUGCUAUAGCAUAUGACAUGGUUUACAAUGGAGUUGAGAUUGGUGGCGGAAGUCUGAGAAUUUAUAAACGUGAGGUGCAGCAAAAGGUUUUGGAAAUCGUUGGCAUCUCCCCUGAAGAGGCUGAAGCGAAGUUUGGCUAUCUUCUUGAGGCACUAGACAUGGGUGCCCCUCCACAUGGGGGAAUUGCCUAUGGUUUGGAUAGAUUGGUCAUGUUGCUGGCUGGUGCUAGUUCCAUUAGGGAUGUCAUAGCUUUCCCAAAAACUACAACUGCACAAUGUGCUCUUACCAGAUCGCCGUCUGAGGUGGAUCCCCAGCAGCUACAGGAUUUGUCAUUGCAGACUCGUUAGAAGACUGAACUCUUCAAUUAUCAGAUGAAACUCACUUUUGAUGGUCGGUACUAGUAUUGUCCAGUCUUUCCUUUUUGAUGCGUCAUAGCUACGGAAACCGUACCAAGUUAGCAUCUGUAGUACUUUUUGUACCUAAUGAUCGAGAUCCUCACAAGCUCACUUGUAACCAUACCAUAUUUUAACGAAGCAAAACUCAAUAUUUUUUUGUGUGAUGAAGAAUAAUAGAGUUGUCUGAUAAAA